UACAAAAUUAGUGGUACAUCAUUUGACUGUGUGUACGUGCUUUAAAUAACAGUUAAGGUACAUAAAUACAAUUUUCCAGAAGUACAAAUUACAUCAACUAUAAUUUUCAUCUCAACAAUUGCUUCUAUCAAUCUCUGAAGAGUGGUUUCCUUAUUAUUGUAACGAUCAAAACGAUGAUCGUCAAAAUAGUACUGGCGUCUACCUUAGCAAUUGUUGCGACGACGAAGACGGCUGAAGAGUUUUUUUCCUGAUUUAUGAUCGUAGCGAUCACUGAACCUUUUUUUUACAGAGAUUGAAGCAAUAAUAUGGAAACCAGCUAUUGAGUGGAGACGUUGUAGUGCAUCUUGCACUUAUAUUUGUAAAGAAAAAUCUAAAUUAAUCAACAAAGUAGAGAACAAAAAGACGUAUUCUCAUAAUUUCAGAUAUCCUCACCUACCCUGUCUACUAGCUGGCCAAAAAAGGGACCGUUACCUGCCACUAGAAGUCUGUACCAUAAUUCCUUGUCAAAAAAGGCAUUUAUCAGAGGAACAGACGGCAAACAUGAUCAGAAGUACUGCUCGCCCUGCACCUGAAAGGCAACAGGACAUUCAGUAUUGGGCCCAAAACAUGAUACAAACCAAUAGUAAGUACUUAAGGGAGGAGUUCCAGACUUCUGUUAGCCCUGAAAUGGUCAAGGUCGUUGGCCGCGUACUGCCAGCACCAAAAAUCAAGCUUGGACCACAAGAUCAAGCUUUGGUUCCACGAGAUGGUUCUUGGGACAUGCGUAGCAAGUUGCUUCAUGAGGGAGCGCUCAUUAGCACUUGGGCCUUAGCUUGUUUUGCCAGUAGGUGUAGCGAAGAUCAGCUGAGGAACUUUUGUAACCAAAUGGCCUCUGUGUCGACUCGAGAGGGAAUGUGGAUGACAGAACAACCAACUGCUUUGGAAUAUCCUGGGGGCUUCUGUGAUGUGGAAAGUCUAUUCUCUCAGUGGGCGGUAGAUUAUCCACAACUACAGCUUAUCAUAGCUGUUCUGCCAGAUAAAGCCAAGGAACUUUAUUCAGAGAUCAAACGAGUUGGCGACAUUGUCCUAGGAAUUGCCACCCAAUGUGUUAAAAUUCAGCACGCACAACAAGCGAAACCUCAAGUCUGUGCCAAUAUCUCUUUGAAGAUAAACUCCAAGUUAGGUGGAAUUAAUCAUGUGAUUGAUCCGUCAGAGAAGUCCCCCGUGUUUAGAGAUCCUGUUAUCAUCUUUGGUGCGGAUGUAACACACCCCACUCCUACUGAAAAUGGGAUUCCAUCUAUCGCUGCUGUUGCGGCCAGUAUGGAUGUAAAUGCAACCAAAUAUUGCGCACGGGUUCGAGCGCAGAGACACGAGAAGUCUAGAGGUCCUCAGGAAAUUAUUAACGAUCUGGCUGUCAUGGUUAAAGAGCUUCUUAUCGAGUUCUACAAAGCGAAUUGGAGACGUAAGCCGUCCACAAUCAUUUUUUACCGUGAUGGAGUCAGUGAAAGUCAGUUUGACCAAGUACUGAUUCAUGAAGUGCGAGCUGUUCAGGUGGCCUGUAUGAUGCUGGAAAAGGAAUAUCGUCCAAGAAUCACUUUUGUUGUGGCUCAGAAGCGCCACCACACAAGACUGUUCUGUGAAGACAGACGAGAUGCUUCAGGGAAAGCUCAGAAUGUACCACCAGGCACCACUGUGGAUGGUGGUAUAACACACCCAUAUGAGUUUGAUUUCUACCUGUGCAGCCACUAUGGAAUCCAGGGAACAAGCCGACCCACUCACUAUCACGUUUUGUACGACGAUAACGCCUUUACAGCAGACGGUCUUCAACAGCUCACUUAUCAGCUGUGCCACGUAUAUGCACGUUGCACUCGCAGUGUCUCCAUACCAGCCCCCGCCUAUUAUGCACAUUUGGUAGCAUUUCGAGCCAGACGCCACAUGACCAACGGCGAAAAUGGAAGGAGGGGGGACACUGUAGAUUUGGAGAAAUCUGCAAGAGCCAUUCAAGUUCAUGACAGAAUGAAAGAAGCGAUGUAUUUUACGUAAACAAUUAACAUGAUAAUACUGUAUAUAUGUGCUCGAAAUGAAAAAAAAGAAAAGAAAAAGAUGAAAAAUACAUCGCUGACAAGUAGCAAUACCGCGUAAAUGUCUCCAUGAAUAACAACUGUUUAUGAGAAUAUGUAAUCCUGAUAUUCCAUUAGUUUUAAAUAUUUUUUCCUGACUUUUAGGUUGCAAGUGAUUUGAAAACGGUGAUGCAUUCUGCUACAUGUAGUUAGCAUUCCGGGGGGAACUCCCAUAUAAAAAGGACAGGGGUGGUCAUCGUACCUUUUAGGGCUUAAGAGUGAGGUUUUGGUACCUCUUAGGGUGUUCGGCCUGAAGUGAUCCACAGAGGGAGCUUUUACGGUGCCUUU